AUGCAGAAGCCCUUGAGCACGACGGCGGUAGCUGUGAAGGCGACUGUGCUGCCCAUGUCGUGCAGCGCGGUGGCGGCCUCGGCAAUCCGUGUCAUGAGAUGUGUGAUGCGCUUGCCCCAUGGCGAGUACCCGAGAAGCAGUAGCUCCGCAUGGUCCUCCAAGGCUCGCGUUGUCGUUGUCGAGCGCCAGCACCAUCGACUGCGCCCGGCGCACCGCCUCCCCAGCGCCGCCGCCGUCGGCACCCUCCACGUCCAGCCCGCUCCACCGCAUCCAUCCUCUGGGCCUCCAAAACCACCUCAAAUCCAUCCACAUCCAGCACGGCUUGAGAUGCUGCUUCAUGGAGGACGUCGCAAAUCUAGGGAGGGGAAAACAGUGAGGGAGAGGGAGAGGAGGAAGGUGAGGAGGGGAACAUACGACUGA